AUGUUUCUGAAAUCUUUCUUGUUUUCCGCACUGCUAUCUUCAGUGGCGGUAGCCCAUCCAGGCCAUUCCAUCAAAGACGAGUUGCAGAAACGCGGCGAGUUCUUGGCCACUCAUACGAACAAUCUUGACCAUUGUGCUUCGGUGCAUAAAGCAGCAGGCCUAGACAAGCGUGCUUUAGAACGAAGAGCCGCUCGGGUAGAUCAGCUGCAGAAGCUUCGAGGCUUAGAAAGAAGACAAACCUCGCCCAUUGACAAAUCUCACUUAUCAAACAAGCCAUAUACCCCGAACACCAGUCCUUCUGAGAUCUUCGCUGAUAGCAAAUCAUGCGUACUGAGUCCCGAAACAACAGAGGGCCCAUUCUACGUUACCGGAGAGUCCAUUCGCACAAACCUCGUGGAUGGGGAGCUUGGUGUACCACUCCAUGUAGAUAUUCAGAUGAUUGAUGUUAAUACCUGUCAACCCGUCAAAGGCGUCUUCCUCGAGAUAUGGGGUAAGUGGUGUUCUGAUCAUCACAAACUGAUGUACGAUAGUACCAAGUAUAAGAAUAACACCUGUGAUAGGCGCCAAUUCGACCGGCGUGUAUAGCGGCGCUCUUGCCGUAGUCAAUGGCAAUGGGGGUAUGAACGAUAAGCCCAAUCUCAAUAAGGCUUUUCUCCGCGGCAUCCAGGUAACGGACACGGAUGGCGUAGCUCAAUUUGACACUCUAUUCCC